CGCUAAGUUAUCGAUGAAAAUGUUAUAAAGUUUACCAUUCCUACAAAAAUAAGUUCUUUCAUUGCUAGCGAAGCAAAGUAGAUAGAAUGGCGGCGCAUAAAUCUUUCAGGAUUAAACAAAAACUUGCUAAAAAACUGAAGCAGAACCGCUCGGUUCCCCAGUGGAUACGUUUACGUACUGGGAAUACUAUCAGGUAUAAUGCAAAGAGGCGUCACUGGAGGCGCACAAAGUUGAAGCUGUAAACUUAUAAUUGCACUCCGUUGUUUGCGCUUGUGCAAUUUAUAAUAUAACGCUUAUGCUUCAAUAAAUAUAUAUAUCUAUAAACUCAA